UAAAUGGCGCCAUCUCGCAAAGUGACCUCGGGACGAGAAUUUUACGUCUCGCGUCUCUCUCUCUCUUUGUGAAACGUCAAUCGCUCGGUGAUGUACCUGUAACCUGUUACCAUCUCGUACGUUUCCCGGUUAUUCAGUAUAUGUGUAGUAAUUAGUCCCGACUCGAUAAAGCGUUCUGGUUACGUGCGUUCGACCGAGAAGAUGGAAGACGUUUUAAACGAGGUCGUUUCCGCCGAGGAUUUAAAGAAAUUUGAACGAUUAUAUCAUGAACAAUUAUAUUCGGCGGAUGUUUCACAAAAAGCACAAUUUGAAUAUGCCUGGUGCCUUGUGAGAAGUAAAUAUUCGGCUGAUAUUAGGAAAGGAAUACUGCUAUUAGAAGAUCUCUAUAGCAAGCAGACAGGUAGUGAAAGGCGUGAUUGCCUUUACUAUUUGGCUAUUGGAAAUGCUAGAAUAAAGGAAUAUACAAAAGCAUUGUCGUAUGUCAGGGCGUUCCUUCAGGUUGAACCUGGAAACAUACAAGUACAACAAUUGGAGACGUUGAUCAAGAAGAAGAUGGAAAAAGAAGGUCUUCUCGGUAUGGCUGUCGCGGGAGGCGUUAUUAUCGGUAUCGCAAGUAUCGUGGGCCUGGGUAUCGCGAUGGCCAAAAAAAAUUAACUGUCCACGACAAAGUUGUGUGAUAUCGAUAUAUGAUUGUGAUCGUAGUUUGUGUGCGCGAAGUGGUGUAACUUGCCUCGUAAUUACCGUUUGAGAGAUUGACAAGUCUGAAACGGGAAUGAUACCAGGACCUCAACCAAAUCCAAAGAAUGCAAUCUGUGACAUCGGCAUUAACAUGGCUUUUGUAUCUCAUUCACGAACGAAAGACAAAGAACUGCGAAGAAAAUCCGAUAAGAAAAGAAAAAAUAAUGAUCCACUUGUAGAUUAGACGCUUACAAUAUCACUUGGUGAAUCAUUUUCAAUAUAUCGUUUAAAACGUUACCGGUCGUUCAAUACGUAUAUGUGUACAUAUCGUAUAUCCUCGUGAUAUUCACUCACGAUUGGAUCAAAUUUUCAAUGAAGUUUAGUUUCAUUUUUGAUUGUGUUGACACAUUCCAGAGCGUUGCGUUCCCGAUGAUUUCUCUCUUUCUGUUAUAUGGUGCGUUUUUAAAUUAGGUCAUGGUUAUAACGACGCCAGUUAUAUGCGAUUUUAAUUUAAGCAAGCUACCAAAGCAUGACACAGUCACGAUAAGUAUAGCCUUUUGUACAUAGGGGAAAUAGUAGUACGAGUGAUUUGUUUUAUUUAUUGGAUUCUUUUGAUAGAAGUCAAUGUUUGGAAUCGUAUCGGACGAUGUUCUCACCAUUGCGAAUUAUGCUGUAUGCAUGCACAACUUUGUUCUCGAAGCCACCGGAACCCGGCGGUCCUAUCGUAACGCAAUUAUGCAGAAUAUAGGACGGUGUCCCGCUUUUCAUUUGCGGUGUCGCGCUGGAAUUUAUUCACGCGGAAAAUUUAGCAUAGUUUCGUCCGUAACAAGUUCCACGGCUCGAUGUUACUUUAUAAUGCGCAUCUCCUUGUUCGAGUGUGCGACAUGUGUGUAACACUGAUUAGAAUAAAGAGUCCGAUUUUCUUCGAGACGAAACGAAGCGUUCGAUCGUACUUUCACAGGGCCACGCUCGGCGUUAAAUCUGACUGUCCGGAUCGCGUGUUUACCAUCCAAUGUGAUCUUCGUAUUACGCAAACGCGGCCACAUUACAUCGAAUGCAGCCCCUACCUGAGGUCUCUUCCCGUGUUUACGCAAAAUCCGAUUUCCAUAUUAGAUAAAUGAAAUUCUGAAUCGGGCACAGCCAUAUCUAGCGUUAAAUGCACCGCUAAACACUGUUCACGAAUGUUGACUCCGCGAUGAGACCUCCUCGGCGACGAAUAUUCAAGCGCCAUAAUGGCGAAUAUGUAAAAGCUUUGUGCAUGCAAAACGCGAGGUUCACCCAAACCUGCUACUUUUCGUGGGCAUUUCAAAGACUGCAGAGAAAAUAUUAGCAAACACUCGAGUAGUUUCAGACUUUUGUAAUCCGAAUAAAAAGACUGUGUUAAAUCUC